AUUGAAUGUUACCAAUCGUUCCUCCCUGCUGCGACUGCUUCACUGGGAAAACAAGCUUUUUAAAGGGAAAGCCAGUUAUUUUAAUCGGAAUAAAUGGAAGAUACAACCUCUUCCUUCCAUCAGUAAACUGCUCCUGUGGAAAAACCUUGCCAGUGACCAUAAGUGAUCUGGUUGAAAGUGGUUACUGGCCAGCCACUGUCAAUUUUGAGACCUUGUACAUGGUGGACUUGUUCACCACGUAUGAGGAUCUAAAAAUCACUGCCCCAGGGAUGUCAAGACAAGCUUUUGUCAGCAUGCUCGAGGGUCGAACGAAACUCUUUGGGCGAAGUGGUAAGAUAUGUGGGGACACAAUGCAGAGGGCAUUCCUCGAAUGGGCCUAUGCCAAAUUUGAGGUUGAGAAGCUGUCUCAGGUCCAGCACUUUCAGUGCCCUGCAUGCACACCCUCCAUGUUGGCAGUUGCAGUGGAUGGGAACCGCAAAUUAUAUCGUUUCAAAAGCCAACCAGGAAUCCAGGGAAAGGGAGAUGUGGUGCGGGUCAGUGGACAGCAGCACGAGAGUCCGCCAACAAGUCUGCAAGCAAACUAGACGAGGAAGGUGUUGAAGUUGCUGUCUGCCGUCAUGGGGUUUUGCUGAAGGGACUGAAUAUGUUCCGUGGAGAAAUAUUUGCAUACCCGUUAUAUCUCCAGAAACAGCUCGCUUCACAUACUGUCCAUUUUUUUUGCUCUGAUGUGGUCUGCAAAUAUUGGCCAUAUCUGCAGAGAGUUGUGGACCACUGUCCAGAGUUGGAGGACUUGCUGAACAUGCGCCCAUUUCUCUCCAUCAUGCAUGCAAAAGCGCAUUCAUGGAUGUGUGAGUUAAAAUGGGGUGGACGCAAUCAAGAAGGAGCUGGAACAACAAUCGGGGAGGAGGUUGAACAGGUUAACAGUUUCCUCUCCAGAGCAACCAUAUGUUCCAAGUACAUGUCAAAAGCCGUCCGCACAGACAUGCUAACUAUCCAGGCAAGUGGCUGGAACAAGCGAAAGGCAGAAAACCUUGACCGGACACUGGCCAAAAGAUACAUUAAGACUGUACAAAGGAUCACAGAGGCAUCAAAGGACCUGGAGAAACUCAUCACUGAGUUAUCUCUACAGCAAGACACAGUUCAGCAGUGGGUGGCUGAUGUUCAACAGUGGUCCUCAGGAGCAACAAUCCAAAAUGACCUGCAGAAGACCAUCGAGGGAUUAUAUCUAGGCAUCAAACAGCGAAAGUUUCAGCUGUAUCGUCAGUCCGGUGGGAAUAAGCGAAGGCAUCAACUGAGAAGAAAGAUUGAAGAUACAACCUCUUCCUUCCAUCAGUAA